AUGGCGCUUAACAACACUACUAGUGCGGGGGAUUGGCGUGAGGAUGGAGGCGGCAGGGCGCUUAGCCAUCUCCAGUGCUACAUCCUCCUAGCAGAAAACCGUACAGGCCCGGACGUGGAAGCCUGCCACGCCGCCACCGCAGCGUCGGAAGGGAGCGGAGGGACGUCGGGCGCCGCGGCGUACGUCUUCGGCCUCGCCAUCAUCCUCGCCAACGUGCCGGUCCUCCUCGGCAUCGCCAGGAAGAGAAGCCUGCACAAGCCCAUGUACUACCUCAUCGCUAACAUGGCCGGGGUGGACGCCAUGGCCGGGGUGAUGUGCCUCGUCCUACCGACGGUUCGGCAAGCAGGGGGCGGUGAGGGGACGUACCUCAAACUCUACACCACCCUGUUCUUCUCCGUUCUCCUGUCUCUCACGGGACUGAUGCUGCUCACCCUGGACAGGUACAUCUCCAUCUACCACGGCCUGUUCCACCAGACCAGCAUCACCGGGAAACACGUCGCCGGGGCCGUGGUCAUCACCUGGGUUCUGAGCGCGCUGGUCUCCUACUCCCCGCUGUUAGGGUGGACUUGUCGUGUCACAAACGUUCGCUCAGACAUGUGUCUGGACUUUGUGGACUUGAAUUACUUCAUCUGCCUUGUUGUCAUUAUCUUAGCAGGCGUGACUUCUGUUGUGGUGGUAAAUAUAAGAAUCUAUCUAACCUUAAGGCGACGACUGUUAACGGUAGGUGUGGGCGGGAACGACCACGGGAAUGGCCAUCUACUGGGAGGGGUGCACAUGGGCGCACAGCAGGUCAAAGCCGCAAAAAAGAAAGCCAUGACCGUAGCCUUCCUUGCAUGCGCUUGUAUGGUGAGCUGGGUUCCUUAUGUCGCCGCCAUAGUCCAACUGUUAGACGGUCUCUAUAUGCGUAGCGUGGAAGAAAGGCUAGCUUACAGGCCGACCGUUUUUGGCGUUGCUGUAGUAUUUCUGGGAAUAUUUCCCGUCUUGAACCCGGUUUUGUACGCAUUUCGCUUGCCCCAGCUACGCAAAGCUGUCAAGAAAUCGUUUCAAGACUGUUUUAAUUUCGUUUGGUCCAGGCGAUGUAAUAGAAACGGCAACCAAGUCGCACCGGCACUCAAUGUUACGACAAACGCUAACACUAGUGUGUCGGGCCUGCGGUGCUGGGAGUGCCGGUCCCGGGGGGAACACACCCGGUGUGAGUACCAGCCGGGUCUGGUGGCCAGGGCAACACAGUGCACGGACAGGGAGAAACGCUGUCUGACUUCCAAAGCCAAGUCCAACGGUCACGUGACGGUUGUUCGCGGCUGUGCCACGCCUGCGCGGUGCAUCCUGUCUGACUGUGACGGAGUGACAGGGAACUGUUCCAACCAGCAGUACUGCUGCGCGUACGACAUGUGCAACGACGAGUUCUCAGCAACCGUCACCAUGGAAACCACCACCGUCACCACCCUGGGGGACCGAGUCGACCAAUCAGACGCUGCCACGUCAGACCCAGCCGCCGGUCAGACGGCGCCCAAGAUUAGUGACUUCACCAAGAGCGCAGGUUCAAGCUCCAUUGAGAACGACCCACCCGCCCUGUACUAA